UUGUAGUUCUGGGCGCGGGAGUUGUUGUUGGUAGAGGUUACCCAGAAAGGUCCCACUCUCACGACCUUUUAACCUUUGCCCCCAGCGACCCUGAGCCUCUCCCUCCCCGUCCAGGCCUAAAUACGUCAUCGCAGUGCGCCGGAGAGGCAGAAGGUGCCGCCUAGGGCUAGGUUCUGAUGUUGGUGCCUGUUUCAAGAACCCUAUUUACAGCUCUGCUGCAGAAUCAUAAGGUGUUAUAUCAGAUCUCCAGAGGCAUGAGACUGGUCCAGUUCCAAACCCCUCACCUGAAAGGGCCUCACCUGGGACUAGAGGAGAAGGAUGGUGGUGGGGUGAUUGACCUCAAUGCCUUUGACCCUAGCCUGCCCAAGACCAUGAGGGAGUUCCUGGAACAGGGAGAAACUACCCUCUCUGUGGCAAAAAGAGCUUUGGAAUCUAAGCAGCCAGUUCUGAAACGGUCAGAGGUUACUUUUCUGGCCCCUAUCACCCAGCCAGACAAAGUGGUGUGUGUGGGCAUGAACUAUGUGGACCACUGCAAGGAACAGAAUGUGCCAGUGCCGACGGAGCCCAUCAUUUUCAGCAAGUUUAGUAGCUCUAUCGUGGGGCCCUACGAUGAUGUUGUCCUGCCUCCUGAGAGCAAAGAGGUGGACUGGGAGGUGGAACUGGCCUUCGUCAUUGGGAAGAAAGGCAAACAUAUUAAGGCCACAGAUGCCAUGGCUCAUGUGGCUGGGUUCACUGUGGCACACGAUGUGAGUGCUCGUGACUGGCAGAUGAGGCGCAAUGGGAAGCAGUGGCUGCUUGGAAAAACCUUCGACACCUUCUGCCCUCUGGGUCCUGCCUUGGUUACCAAAGAUUGUGUGGCAGAUCCACACAACUUGAAGAUCUGUUGCCGAGUGAACGGGGAGGUAGUGCAGAGUAGCAGUACCAACCAGAUGGUGUUUAAGACAGAAGACCUAAUAGCGUGGGUCUCACAGUUUGUCACCCUGUAUCCUGGGGAUGUCUUCCUGACUGGGACCCCACCAGGUGUUGGUGUGUUUAGGAAACCCCCAGUGUUUCUCAAGAAAGGAGAUGAAGUCCAGUGUGAGAUUGAAGGAUUGGGAACCAUCAUCAACAGGGUGGUGUGAUACCAUUAUUCUUGGGACUUGCAAGCUCUGUUUCUUAACGAGUCUUUGCUGAUCAGCUGCACAACUCUUCUUUCUAUUUCUUCUUUGGCAUAAAGGCACUGAGAAGUGCCUAUUAUAAAGAGGAAGAAAGGGAUCUGUUGAAUGCCUUCAGCAUCAUGGAACAUCACCUGGGUCUGGUUGGCCACCAGCAUCUUCUCAACCACGCAAAGAUUCUAGGCUUGUACAGGAAGGGAAGUGCCCACAACGCUGAUUACUGGGUGUCUCUCCUGGGCUUUUGUUGUUGUUGUUGUUGUUGUUGUUGUUUGUUUGUUUUUUGCAAUCAGUAUCAGAGAGGGUUUCUAAUCAAUAAAUUUCCUUAAAUAAUGGCAA